UCCCUGUUAACCCACAAUGCUUUGCGUCACGAAGUCACGAGGGGCGGAAGCGACGGGAGGCGUUUCUGUUUAUGGCCGAGUUGGGGAGGUUUAUUGCUGACUAAAACGUGGAGCCUGGGAACGGUGUUUGUGAUAAGGAGCAGGAGCCGUGAAGGCUGACAGACAAGAUGGCCAUCCUGUUUGCCGUUGUUGCCAGAAGUCCCACUGUCCUCGCAAAGCAUGCAUGGUGUGGGGGAAACUUUCUGGAAGUUACAGAGCAGAUACUAGCCAAAAUUCCUUCUGAAAAUAACAAACUCACAUAUUCACAUGGUUGCUAUUUGUUUCACUACAUUUGCCAGGACAGAAUCAUUUACCUCUGCAUCACAGAUGAUGAUUUUGAGCGUUCACGUGCAUUUAACUUCUUGAAUGAAAUUAAGAAGCGUUUUCAGACUACAUAUGGUUCCCGAGCACAGACAGCUUUGCCUUACGCAAUGAACAGUGAAUUCUCCAGUGUUCUUGCUGCUCAGAUGAAGUAUCAUUCUGAAAACAAGCCACCAGAUCGUGUGGCAGAAACACAAACACAGGUGGAUGAAUUAAAAGGCAUCAUGGUUCGAAACAUCGACCUCGUAGCACAGAGGGGAGAAAAGCUGGAGCUUUUAAUAGACAAAACUGAAAACCUUGUGGACUCUUCGGUCACAUUUAAAACCACCAGUCGAAAUCUUGCGCGAGCAAUGUGUAUGAAGAACCUCAAGCUCACCAUCAUCAUCGCAGUUGUGGCCAUUGUGGUGAUUUAUAUCAUUGUAUCAGCAGCCUGCGGAGGGCUUUCAUGGCCUCAGUGUGUCUAGUAGAACAGUUGCAACCUAUCUUAGAAGAGAAACUAAAACUUUUAUGAACUUCCAGUUGUGGAACUUUUGAGGACUUAAUAGAGCAUUACUUACCAACCUGGCGCAUGGAGCCCAACAUCUUCUAUUUUUUCAUUCAGUGACUUGAGAACUUUGAUGCCUCUCUGCCUUCAUUUCUGAACAUUUUAACCUCACCUUGUGUCAGGUUCUUCCAAGGACUCCUGUGCAACCAUUGCAAAAAAUGUUUCAUUUGAUGAAUCUGUUUGUUCUACAGCUAAAGAUAGCUUCAACUUGUUCUCACAGAUGGGUCCUGUUUGUGUGUGCCUGUAUGUAUGUAUGUAUGUAUGUAUGGCAAGCAGCUUUACUGAUAUGUAAACAAGAGCAGGUAAAUCUUUGAGAUGUGCUGGCUACAAGGAACUAAGCUUGAGUCAUCACAAUUAAUUGUUGAAAGUUAGAUAUAAUGGGCAGCAGUAGAAACAAUUUUUUUUCUAGUCUGUUUUCCUGUUUUAUUAUUGUAACAGAUCUUCCUUCAGUGGACUGUGUCCAGCAUGCUGAGAAGUUGGGGUGCAUCUGCUUUGUCUGACAUGGAUUUUCUUCAGGUCUUGAGCUCCCAUUUUUUCCUUUGGUCUUUAGAGCCAAAAAGCUGCAUAUUCCCCCUAAAGAUCUCUGCUCGCCCUCCCUCCUUAGCCACUCACACAGUUCCGAGGGCUUCCUGAUGUGUGUCAUUGGAAAGGUCCCAUGUUUGAUUCCUAAAAAAAAGUAAAACUUCCAAAUGUACCUGUGUUAACCAUAGCCAGAGUGAGGACCGCCACAGGAGAUGCCUUUCAGGCCUGGGACUGUAUCACAAUGUUAACAGCUAUUACAGAUCCCAGGUUUCAUGUCUGUCAUGCAGUGGAAUUGAAGAGAAGAGCUGUGAGACAUUCAUCAUUACUCAGUGAUAGCAGCAUUGGAAUGGGAUCCCAUGUAGAAGCACAAGAGACUGAUGGAACCAGGACUAAAUCCAGACCUGUGUUGUAGUCCACCAUUCUCACCGAGUCCUACAGUUUUUUUUUGUUUGUUGUCCUGUAGUGAAAUAUUAUUGUUCAGCUUCUCUUCUGCAUAUGGACAUGAGUUUGAACAGAGAAGUAUUCCCCAAUGCACUUGAAGUUAUGAGCAAACAUUUAAGGUGUAGUUGCAAGCUUCCCAGCCUCCCCCCAACCAUCAGUCCCCCAGGGCCAGCUGACCAUGUAUCUGAGCAAGUAUCCUGAGCUGGUGCUUUCAGAGAUCUAAACUGAUCUCUGCAGUGCAUCCCAUACAUGUUUUAAGGUCCUGUGCAAUUUGUCUCAGCAUCCCAUGUAUGUUUUAAGGUCCUGUGCAAUCUGUCUUCACAUGGGAAUUUGAAAGAUAGUUAAGAAGGUGUAUACGAAACAGUUAAAAAUGUAGGUGCCAUGUCAGCAUUAGAUAAUACAUUGACUACCAUACUACACAGUGUUUUUGACAUGCCUGUCCAUCAUGCUUUAUCAUUGAGACUCAUCACUUGGGAUAACUUUCCAACCCCUUACAGUGGAGCAAGAGCUUGGCCCAUAGGUUCUAGCCAAACGUGGAGGUCUUUAACUCUGAAUCCUCUAGUAUUAUAGCAACUGACAGCAUAGUAGGUCUACCUCUUCUGUCCUCGCUUAUGCUGAGGAACGUGCUGUUUUGGAGAAGCCCUCAAGUGCAUCCUGUCUGUUCUUGUGUGGUCACUUGUACAUUUUCUAGUUCAAAUUUAAGUGCCUGAUCCCAGGCACUAUACAGUAAUACAUAUUUUCUCAAAAGUAUCUUUCAGGUUACAAUGGAAGGAAAUAUGAAGAUCUUGUUUAUCUACCUAUAGAAAUGCAGGGUUUGGGGUACCUGACACACUAAAACAUCUGUCUUCAGGGGUCUUUUGCCAUGUAUAGCAGAAAAUUUGACAGCCUCUGGCUCGUCAAAUGGACUUCUUUCAGGGCAUUACUAUGUAGAUUAACUUUACUAUCUGUUUUGCCCAGUACUGGUCAUCUUGAAGACUACAGCAUUUGGCCAUCAUUUGUCUGGACAUAGAGUCAAAGUUGUGGGCAUGUUUGGCAAAAGGAGUGUGUUACUUUGGGUUUAUGAACUGUUGUCUGUUGGUCAUGGCAAGACUUGAGUAGUUGAAUAAGCCAUGUAAAUACUAGUUUACCUCCCAGUGCGUACAUAAAAGAGGUUUUCGAGAAUGUGUUUGUGAUUUUGAUGCCAAGGACAUGAUAGGCAAAACAGUGGCCACUGACCUCUUCCUGUGUAGGAUUGCUGGAAUUUUUGAUGUAGUGCAGCUUAGUGCCUGUGUAUGGACAGUUUAACAUAUGGUUUAGUAUUACAGCUUCUUGUAUGUGUAGAAAGUUCCAAUAGGUGACUUGGUGCCUCCUGCUGUAAUGGAUUUUUCCAAGUAUAUGGAAAGCAGUCAUGAAAGUGUCUCAGAUGGUGACCCAGUCCCGUACCUGGUUUAUUUCCCUGUACAGAGUGCAGCAGAGAGACCAUAUUUUCUUAUUCAAGUACCGUACUAGUACCUGACUGUCCAUUCUGACAAAGAUGGACUUGGGCUUCAACUUUGCAUCUGCAGCUGUUGGAGACUUACAUGUAUACACUUUCCAGAUGGCUCCAAAAGCUGUACGCAAGACAUUUUCAAUCCUUCCAGCAGUAUAUUUAAAGUCAGGAACUGCAUUUCAGGUGGGUACGGUAGAAGAGGAAUCCAGUUUGUAAAAGGAAACUCAUGAAUUCAGAAAGUGCUGGCAAGAAUUCAAGGAAACAAUACAGCAGUGAAUGAGAACUCUGCAGCUAAUAUCAGGUGAACUAUCCAGUGUAGGGCUUGCCUUUUAACCUGAUGUCAUGGUUAGUGCGCUGUUGUAUCCACCUUUCUAACCUGAUGGAGCAGUAGACCUGAAGUUUGUGCCCUGGAAGACGCCAUUCGUUUCUAGUGACAGUUACCCUAGCUAGAUAGAUUUUUAAACUUCAGGCUAAUGUCUGCAAAGAGCCUUCCGUCCUCUACCAUUAGGAAUGUCUCUCUCUCCCUCAUUGACUUCUCAUUUCCUAUUCUCCUUAUUCAUUAAGUUAAUUUCCCAGUCCUUUCCAGAUGCUGAAAACAAGAACAGUCUCCAUAUCCUGAAUAUGGAUGGAUCAGUUGUGGUUCUACCUCCAUAAGGUCUCUGUGCAUGGGCAGCUAGACUGGCAAUUUACUUCCUUUGCUUAUGGUAAGGAGGGCCAUUGCAGCUACAUCACCUGUUGUCUCCCAGUGUGAAUGGGCCCUGGAUCAAGCAGUGACAAAGUUCCAUCAGGGUGCAUGUUUCUGAGAUAAGUCCACUAUAGUCAUCUGGUCAGCCACCUGCUGGUGAUUCCAGAGUAGAGUAUCCCUGGAAUGGAGAGGGCUGUUGUAUAGAGUAUCCUACCUUAGAGUCUUUGUCUUUCAAACUCCUCCCUUGUCAGGAUUAUUAUUGGGACACUGCACAUAAUUCCUACUAUUUACAGAGGAUUCCGUCAAAGAUCUUAACAGAUAUUUGAAUAUUUAGCAUAGAGGUUAUCUUUUAGAAGACAGCUCAGCCGUGAGAGACAUUAGGAAUAAUACAAUCUCCCCACUUGGAAUGUCGAAGUUGUAACUUUAUGUAAAUGUCAGGUUAAUAUGGCUGUAUUUUUUGCAGAAAGUUCCUUAACACAAUGGGGUAGAAACCGACUGUGGCCCCAGCUGGCCUGAGCUGCAGGGGAGCUGGUGAGGAGGGAUGGAAGUGAAUUUACUUUGUCCAUGACUCAGGGAGGAAGUGGUUCAAGUGUUCACCGAAGGAAAGCUCAGUAGUAGGGGUCAAGUGGGACAAGACUGCUGUGCCCCACCAAGUAAUGCCUUUCUACAUUUUUUUUACCAACAGUGUAGGCAGCAGGACAUCUGCUGACUACAAAAGGACGAAGAUUAGGUCAGCAGGUAAAAGCCAAUCCAUCUGUAGGUGAUGGUUACCCAAGCCAGUGAACCUUUCCCUCCAGUGCUAACCGUAAAUGUAGAUGGCUGUGGAAAAGCAAAUCAUUCAUGAAAAAGGUAACCUCUCUCUCUCUCUCUCUAUAUAUAUAUAUAUAUAUAUAUAUAUAUAUAUACACACACACACACACACUGCAAACCAUAAAUGUAGAUGGCUGUGGGAAAGCAAAUCUUUCCUGAAAAAGGUAACCUCUGUAUACACACACACACACACACACACACACACACACACACACACACACACACGCACACACACAAGCACACACUGCUAACCAUAAAUGUAGAUGGCUUUGGAAAAGCAAAUCUUUCCUGAAAAAGGUAACCUCUGUACACACACACACACACACACACACACACGCACAAGUAUGAGCGCGCGCGCGCGCACACACACACACACACAUACACACACAAAACACUGAUGUGGGGUUCAGAAAGGUGAGUGUGGAAGUUGGUUGAACAGCUUGAUAAAGACUGGCGACAACUAAAACAUAAUAAUAAAAAAAAAUGUGAAGAUGUAUCCUCGUUACCUAGAGUAUGUGUUGUAGUUUUCAUUCUUCUCUUUGCACAUCAGUCAAUAAGUAUAGAUUCUGGAGUUGUGCAUCCCCUUGAACCCUGAUUUAGUGGACAACACUUGCUCAAUGCUGAGGGCCCUCUUAAAAAACAGUUGAUAUCUAUAGUACUCAACACAUUUCUUAUUUCACGAAUAUGUUCAUGAGAAGUGUGGAAAAGACAUUUAAAAUGGUUGUGAGAGAAGUCGUUGUUAUUCCCAUUAACUUAUAGUAAAAAGUGUACAGAUAAGUGGCCAAACAGAAAGUACAUUGUCAGCUAUAGCAGUUUAAUUCUGUGCUGGGAGCAAUCAUUCAUGCACCAGACAGACUACUGCCUCAUGAAGAAGGUAGUCCUUGAUGAUGUCAAAGCCUUCUCAGAGACUGGAGGCACUGACAGUGUCCCCAGGUUAAGUGUUGACAGAGACAGCUAUUCCUUCUGUAAAAACAUCUUUCAGUUUGGAUUUCAUUACUGCCAUUUUGUUAUCAGGUUCUUCCUGGUGUUUAUGGCUUUCAUUAAAAUGUCUGGUCUUAUUACUAGGUUAAGUUCAAAGCCUGUGGUAGAACCUUUCUUGUAAACUUCAUAAAGGUAUAGCUGUGCCAUCUGCAUGAAGGAUUGAAUGAUUGAUGUAAACCAUAUUAAUUUGCACAUUGCACCCCCCUCCCAAACACAUAAGCACACAUAUAGCACAUGCGUGAGUUAGUUCUUAAUAUAAUACUAUUUCACUGUAACUAAAGUGCUUCGGAGAUACCGCCCUCUUUGUGUGCCUACUGCGUGUGUGUGUGUGUGUGUGUGUGUGUGUGUGUGUAAGUAAAAUAAGAUGGUGGAGUUGACACACUACUGUAACUUUCUUCUGAAAACAUUGAAAUAAAAUCUAAACAGUGGCAUUUAAACUUUUUACACCCAUCAUCUGCCAUUGUUCUUUGCUGUUUCUGUUUAGCACAUUUACACAGCACUGGAGAACCUGCUUAUCUGUUGUAGCCAUUCUGGUGGUACGCCAUUUUACUAUGUGAGCACUCGCAGAGUGUCACUGCACAGACCGACAAGGACAGGUGUCCAUGUAAUUCAGUGGCAUUCACAUUAAAGGAGUUUCCUGCACUUAUCUCUCUGUAUUAUAAAUAAUUAGAAGCUGCAUAACUCCUCUGAGAGAACUGUUUUCAAAACGUGUUAAAAUAAUUGCUAUUUUCUGUAACUUCUGCAACAUGGUCUCUUGCAUUUAAUUUUUAUGACAUACUCAGUAAAUAAUAUGCUUUAUAUUUCAGCAUGCCCAAUAAAUAUUAUAUUCUAUUUUGAUAUGUUCAGAGUAAAUAAACGAUUAAAGGCUU